AUGGCCAGCAGCAUUUUUCACCAAAUCGUGCGGAACACCAUGGUCAACGAUCCGAGUCAACAAUUAAGGGUAAGUAGGUUAAAGGUGCUUUUGUUACCGUUUGUUAUGGCUCUCUUAAGGGGGGCAGCCAUAACAAGCGGGAUUUAGACGAACUUACACCUCCAAAAGCUUAUCUCUAAAACAUAAACAACAAGUAGCACAAUGGAACUAUUUAGGGAAGGAUCCGCGAGAUAACGCGUUUGAGAUGUUCAAGAUCACGGGCACCUUCGGAACCGAUCGCGUUGCCUGCGUCAUAGCUUCCGUUGCACUAGAACUGAGAUACAAGCAAGUGAAACUCAUUACCGUCUACUUGUCGAAAGCUGCCGGAGAAGAGGAAGAAGGAGACGGCGAGAAGAAGAGACAGAUCAUGUUGCGUCCCCGCAAGUAAGUAGCUAUUUGUAGUAGAAGGCAUAGGCAAAUGUCUAAAAGAAGUGACCUAAAGUAGUACCAUAUCAGGGAUGUGUUGGUGAGUCCGUUCUUGUAGGGGGAUAACUAUGGAGUUAAAGUGAAAGAGUUGAAAAGAACUAGUGGAAGUUAACGCGGUGAACUUAAGUACUAAAGAACACGACAGGGCGUCGUGUCUGUAUUAAGCUUGGGGGGGUCUAUGCAGAGUGCUACUUUGGAAUGUUAUGGUCCUUAUAGAUACUCUCCUCUGUCUGGCUAUCGUUUAGUAGUACUAGAAUAAAUUUUAUUGACUUGGUGUAGGUAAAUAAAAUUUACUACUACGGGGGUAGUGAUAGUGUGGUCAGCUGCAUGGACCCACACUAAUGUGUAUAGAGUGAACUUUGUGGUUCUGUUCAAGCCGGACAGAGAGAGAGAGAGAGCAAGCAAACAAGAAGGUGGAGAGGAGCACCAAAGUGCUCA